AUUUUAAAACCUCGCCUAAAGAGUCCGUUUGUGAAAACAGUUCUCAGCAUUUUAAUCUCUUGGUUGCUAGAAAGGAUACGGAAGCAUAAGUCUUUGAACUGGAACAUACAAUAUACAGCCUAAAUAAAAUAAAUUUAUGUCAUUGUGAUAAAAAGUAUAUUCUGAUCGUAUAUCUCCAACUGUGUCACAUUUACCUAAUAUAGCGAGUUGGAAGCUCGUCAUUUCAACACGGAUAACAAAAAUCAUAUAAUAUAAUCUUUCUUGGGGAUUCGAACAAUAAAUGUCCUUCGCACAAACGACGAGUUCUAGGACGCAAGGUAGUGAGUGCGGUUCCUUACAAACUACAGAGAAAGAGCUGCAGGUCUUCACUGGACACAUUAUUCAUGGUUCAACGAGACGCCUUGGAACAACUAGUUCAGGUAAGCAACAAAAAUAUCGGACAAGGGAAGAAAUCGUCAGUCGGUCAGCCGCCUUCAGCGAGCAAACGACAAUACAAAACGCAAUCUAAAAAGCAAAUGCAGUUCAUAAGCUUCUUAAAAUAAUACAGUGUUGACACUUCUACAGUCAGUGACCAUCUUCUGGCGCAGUGAGUCUGGAUAUGAAUAUCAAAUUACUUAAAUUAACAUUAAAAGGCAUCAUUCAACGCUAUUAGAAUCUGUGCCGAUAUCAUGAUUUUAAGAUUAGUUUUGUUGGCGAGUUCUCUCGUCAUAACUUACAUUCCGUGUAAUUAAUUAUAAUUAUCGUUAGUGUAUGUGCUAAAAAUUAAAGAAGUGUGACAUUAUAAAAUGUUUCAGUGAGUAAUGAUGUGAAAUUUUGUGUAUGCGACAACAAGAUUUGUAGAUUAUUUCAUCACCUAGAAGAACAUUUCUGAAAAUUGUAAAUGGAAUAACGAUCCAUAAAGACUAUUAAACAUGUUAGAGUUCUUAGUUUGACAAUCGAAUCAAAUCAUAAACGUGACUUUAAAGAAGAUGAGAUGUAUGAAGUCGUGAACGACGAAUGAGAGGAAGGAUAAAACUAACGGUUGAAGUAUUAUUUGGUCGUUUGUGAUUCAAUUAUGACGUAGUUACGAAGGAUAUUUAAGAGGAAAAGAACAGAAGACAAGCGAAAAGUGAGGGGAAAUUGUCCAAAAGUGUUUAAAAAUUUCUGAUUGCACAGAGCCAGGUAGUUUAUAAAAACAGACAUGUCCAGAUGUUGGCUUCAUAAUCUUCUCUCGUAGCUUAAGAGUGUGUUGCAUUUGGUUUCUGGCAUUCUGAAGAAUAGGCUCCAUACCCGAAACUGGUGUCCACGUUUAUAAACACAACAAGGAAACAGUAAUGGCGCUUAAAGUCGGAUGGGCAUCUCCAUUUAAAUUAAAUCUGAAAAUUAUUUUCCUAUCAGGAAUUGUAACUGUUUUAGUGGUGUGUAUUGAUGGAAGUACUCAAAUGACAGAAAUGAAAGUGUCUGUAGAAGCAGAUCCAAUGUCCGACGCAGCUAAUAUAAACGAGAAACAAAAUUCAAAGAAUGGCAAUGUAAUAAAAAGGCAGACAACGCUCUUCGAAAUAUCUUCCAAAUAUCCGCAAUCAUCUAUAAAAUCCGCAGAUCACGAAGUGAAUUCAUCAAGUAUUCUAAAAUUACAGCCAUUGGACAAAUAUAUCGUCACGGGAGAUCAGAACAUCAAAGGCAACAGAAAACAGAUAGCAGCCACCAGGUCUUUCAACAUCUGGAGUAUUUUACACAGCUCCUUACUAAAGGUUUUCAGGAACUGCAGCUCAGCCACUGGCACAUACGAAAGUGAGAAAGGGUUGGUAAAGUGUUUGAAACAGGAAGCGAUUCGAGAGUUUAAAUCGAUUCUGUAUACAAGGUCGAGGGGGUGCUUCGAGCUGCGGAAUGAUGACAACUACAGAACGGGAAGAAAGGGCAACUACACGGAUGUCGACCAGCGGUCACGUAAGAUCUCUCUUCGAAUGAAGGUGAUGCCUGGGCUAUUCGUCUGGGUGUCCCAGCGGGAAGACGGGCUCAAAGUAGGAAUGGAGCUGGAUGAGACGGACAUCAGACAGCCGGAAGGUCGAGGGAAGGACCGAAAGAAGUUGAAGAAGCUGAAUAAGUUCCUGUCACUGCUCCUGAUACCCGUGGCGCUGCAGUUUCUGCUCCUACCCAUGGUCCUCGGCACGCUGAAGAUGAUGGCCACCAAGGCACUCAUGGCUGGCAAGCUAGCACUACUCCUCGUUCUCUUCAACGCCGCAUGGGUCUCGCUGGUGCCGCAGAACGUGGAGCACAACACAAGGGUCGCGAGCGAACAUUACGGAUAUGACGGGGCUGUGGAGUACGGGGCGUACCUCGGCCGAAGCAAGAGGAACCUCGCCCACAGGGGACGCACAUAGGACACACUCGUAACAGCACGGAGGAGCCCCACGAGGAAAGAUGCACGCGAAGGAACGAACGUAACAUACAGCACCAUUUGUUUCCAACUCGUACACCGAAAGCCGUAAUUAAGUGUUGAUAAUUUUUGCCACACAGGAUAAUAGUAUUUUUCAGUUGUGGGAUAAUAACAUAAAAUAAACAAUUUCCUCUUCGUUCCGAAUCCUUCAUCCACAAAUCCUAAACUCGAUGCCACACACCCAACUAAACUCACAUUGGGCAGAAUUAUUGUUGAGAAAGUAAUGGUCGCUCAACUUGUCAAGAAAUUACCCAGCAUUUACGUAACAAGAAGGUCCAUUUUGUUCUCACAAGAACCAGACACUGGUCCUCAUUCUGAGUCAGAGAAAUUCACGGCGAUGAGUCUGAAGAUUGCUGUCUUAUUCUGUCCAGGUUUUGCGACUAUAGCUCUGUAGGCAUUUCUGAUUUCCCCCAUCGCUACACAGCCUGGGUAGGUGAAACAGCGCCGUUAAACAGAACUUGUAAUCUUUUAGAAUUUUACUCACGGUAGACAGCGCUUUAGUCGAGUAAUGGCUUAGACUUAACAGCAUCAUGAACUCGACCUAAAUUCUUACAAUUACGAAGGAAUGUAAAUGUACACCUUUACGCGUACUUUAAGGAUCACAGUGAACCACUGUCUGAUACUGCCCUAAGUGGGAUCACGAGUACCAAAUCAAGUUCACGUUUCUCCUCAGGCCUACUGUGUCGUCCUAUUUAGGUGAAGAUGUGCACUGGGUCAGUAUCCUAACCAACGACGCUUACUAAAUGCCUAAAAUAAUUCAUUAUUAAAGAAUUAAUCCAAUCCAGAGCUCGUAAACCACAAAAACGAAAAUUAAUUUAUUUAAGUACAUUAAUUACAUAUUUCACUUCGGAAGACAGACGGAGUUUUUCUUUUUGCAAAUAAACAUAAGGGAUAUGGCUCUUUAAGUUUUGUUUCUGAAAACUGUAGUUUGUAUCAUUUACGCGAUACACGUGUAAAUUCACAGCUCUAUCUGCAUGACAUGUAAUGGUCCAAUUUGGAUCAAAGAGAUAUCCCUCUGGUACCUAAACUGUAGCGCAGACCCACAUCAACAUUAUAUUGGAUAUUGUCCGUUGUCCGAGGUAUGAGGAAAAUGGACAAUGACCAACAUAAUAACCAUUAUCACAGACUUGGUUUUAGAUUAUGCAAUUAUGCCUUCAAUGCAAAUGUACUCUCCGACAGAACAGUUUUGACAUUCAACACUUCGACAGCCGUGAGAACAUUUCCUGAAGGAAAAUGACGGUGUUGGGCCAGCAAAUGGGAAGGUAGAAACACGUAACGGACUACGUUGCUUGUUCGGAGGAAGACACUUCCUGCAAGCAAGAGGAACCUCGGUUGACCUGACAAAAAUGCCCAGAUCGCCCUGAUAGGGCGUGGCUUCUACACGUUCUGCAUUACCAACAUGCGCAAUGCAAAUAAAACCAAGGACCCUAUUAGUUGCAUACGGAAGAACUUUAAAACCGCAAAUUGCGCAGAUGAAGGGCGAAAAUCUAAUACCUAAAAAUGUACAACUAUGACAUAUUUUUGGGACUAAAUGUUCAUUAAACUGCAAAAGCAGAGAAAGAGUUUGCAAAAAACUUUAUCUAAUCCGAUACGAACCUGAGGAAUUCUGAGAAUAAAUUUCUGUCAUAAAUAAUUCUAAUGUAACAAAAAUCUAAAAUGGAAUUGUUAUUCUUAGCCCUAAAAUUAUCACCAUCAAAAUAUAUUAAUAGCUUUAGGUUUACAUUCAACAUAAAUAGGAAUUCUAAAACACGUGUUCCUACUGUUGCAAAGCUGUUCAUUUUGUGCAGCCAAAAAUUAGUUCCCAUUCUUAUUUCGUCAAACGUUCACCACGUCGAAAAUUGUUCCAAAUAAGGGUUACAGAGCACGGUAAAAUACAUAUUUUAUUUAAGGUGUGUAUCUUUUA